UUGGUGAGUGUGCACGAGCCUACUGCUUCCGGUAUCCGCGAGGAGCUCGCCGGCUGCUAACUAACAAUAACAUCCGGUACCGGGCGCCGCUAUGCUCAUCACCGUGUACUGUGUGCGCAGCGACCUGUCCGAGGUCACCUUCUCCCUGGAGGUGGAUGACGACUUCGAGCUGGAGAACUUCCGGGCGCUGUGUGAGCUGGAGAGCGGGAUCCCGGCCUCCGAGACCCUGAUAGUCUACGCCGAGAGACCCCUGACCGACAACCACAGAUCUCUGGCCUCGUACGGGUUGAAAGAUGGAGAUGUUGUUGUUUUACGGCAGAAAGAACCCAGCGAGCCAAGACCUGCAGCGCCGUUUCCAGGUCUGCCGAGGAUAGAUUUCAGCAGCAUUGCGGUCCCCGGGACCUCCCAGCAGCCGGCUCCCCCGCAGCCUGUCGCUGCUCCCCCUGACUCCACGUCCUUCCCUCAGGGUCUGGAUAACCCCGUAUUACUGCGGGAAAUGCUGCUGGCGAAUCCUCACGAGCUGUCCCUGCUGAAGGAACGUAAUCCCCCACUGGCUGAGGCCCUGCUGAGUGGGGACAUAGAAAAGUUCACCAAGGUUCUGUUGGAGCAGCAGCAGGAGAGAGCUCGCCGGGAGCAGGAACGCAUACGUCUCUUUUCAGCUGACCCCUUUGAUUUGGAUGCUCAGGCAAAAAUCGAGGAAGAUAUAAGGCAGCAAAAUAUAGAGGAGAACAUGACAAUUGCCAUGGAAGAGGCUCCAGAAAGCUUUGGCCAGGUGGUGAUGCUCUACAUCAAUUGUAAAGUGAAUGGCUACCCCGUGAAAGCCUUUGUUGAUUCAGGUGCUCAGAUGACCAUUAUGAGCCAGGCAUGUGCAGAAAGAUGCCACAUCAUGCGGCUAGUGGAUAGGAGGUGGGCCGGCAUUGCCAAAGGUGUCGGGACGCAGAAGAUCAUCGGCAGGGUGCAUUUGGCUCAGGUACAAAUUGAAGGUGACUUCCUGCCAUGCUCAUUCUCCAUCCUGGAGGAGCAGCCGAUGGACAUGCUGCUUGGGCUGGACAUGCUGAAGAGACAUCAGUGUUCCAUUGACCUGGAGAAGAAUGUUUUGGUGAUUGGCACCACGGGUACCCGCACCAGCUUCCUGCCGGAGGGUGAGCUUCCCGAGUGUGCGAGGCUGGCGUACGGCCCCGGCAGAGAUGAUAUGCGCCCAGAGGAGAUUGCAGACCGCGAAUUGGCAGAAGUGCUGCAGAAAUCGGCAGAUGAAGCAGACCAACAGAAGCCUUGAUGCAUGUGUGUGUAUUCUGCAGCCGGAGGGGCCACACCACAGAUAAGGAAACUACCUCACUGAAAGAUCCAUUGCUGGUGGCACCAACCGAUGGACAUCUCCUCCCUGCCCAUCCUUCGGACAUAGCUUCUGAAGCCCCUGCCGUCUGCUCGCACCCGUCCGCUGUGACUCAGAGCACAGAGCCACU